AUGUCUGCUACCCGCCAAAAGACGCAUCCUCCUGUCGAUAAUGCACCAGCACGGCCGCAACUCCCCCCAACCGCAGCUUUUUGCGUAUUUGCCCUAGCCAACCUUAUCGCCGCCGUCUUCUCCCCCAUUCAAGAUUGUGACGAAGUCUUCAACUACUGGGAACCGAGCCACUACCUCAACCAUGGCUACGGCCUACAAACAUGGGAGUACUCUCCCGAGUACGCAAUCCGGAGUUGGGCAUACACUGCUAUCCACUCGCUCGUCAUGUGGGCUGGCACGCUGCCCAUUCAGCCCCUUGCUUUGCGCGCGUCCAAGGUCUUGGAGUUCUACUUCUUGCGCAUGGUCCUGGCCGUCGCCUGUGCCGUGUGCCAGACCCGCAUGUACUCUGCCAUUCGCACCACGUUCCAAGAGCGCAUAGCCAUCUUCUUCAUGAUGAUCAUGGUGAUUAGUCCGGGCAUGUACCACGCUGCUCCUGCAUACCUACCCUCAAGCUUCGCCAUGUAUUUCGCAAUGCUCGGGUUUGCAUCUUUCAUGGACUGGUAUGGAGGCUUGAUCAGGACUGCCCAGGGAAUUACUUGGUUUGCUGUUGGCAGUGCUCUGGGCUGGCCUUUUGCCGGUGCGCUUGCCCUGCCCUUCAUUUUGGAGGACAUCAUCGUAGGCUUCAUCACCAGCACUCUUCAGGAAAGCCUGCGACGGUUACUUCUCCAGGGCGCCACCCGAGCUUUUGCUAUUCUGGCCCUGCAAACAGCCAUCGACUCUUUCUUCUAUAGAAAGCUCGUCUGUGUACCACUCAACAUUGUGCUGUACAACGUCUUCAGUGGUGGGAGUAGAGGCCCCGAUAUUUAUGGCGUAGAACCGUGGCAUUUUUACGUGCGUAAUCUCGCGCUCAACUUCAACAUCUGGUUCUUCCUUGCCCUAGCUGCGCUACCGCUACUGCUUAUCCAACAUCUCAUCUUUGACAAAUCCGUCUCUAAACACACACUUAGGCGGUCCGUUGUCUUCGUCAGCCCUUUCUACUUGUGGUUGGCAAUAUUCACUGUGCAGCCUCACAAAGAGGAACGCUUCAUGUACCCAGCCUACCCAGCGCUAGCCUGGAACGCAGCUCUCUCCUUGCACAUCCUUCUAGCCAACUUUGGCUCCAGUGACCCACGACACCUGGUCAGCAAGAUACCUCCCUCGCUAAAGCUUGUCAUUGUUUGCGUUCCGCUGCUUCUCUCUUUCAACCUAGGCAUGCUGAGAACAGUCGGCCAUAUGACCGCCUACUCCGCACCCCUGACCAUCUACCAACCUCUCCUACAUUCAACAAUUGCACAUUCGGGAGCCAACGUAUGCCUAGGAAAGGAAUGGUACCGUUUUCCCUCAUCCUUCAACCUCCCCCACGGCGUCCACGCCAAAUUUAUCAAAAGCGAAUUUUCCGGCCUCCUUCCGGGUGAAUUUAGCACCGCCAUCGACACUACCGAUGGUUUCUUCCCCAGUACACACGUCGUCCCGCCCGGUAUGAAUGACGAGAAUCUUGAGGACGUGGGGAAAUAUAUUGAUGUCAAGCACUGCGACUUUCUGGUCGACUCACGGAUCCCGGGACAGGAGCCAACCGUGCUGGAACCAGAUUAUGCGGCCGAUACACAGCAUUGGGAGACGAUAAAGUGCAUACCUUUUCUAGCGGCCGGACAAACAAGUAUUCUUGGCAGAAUGCUCUGGGUGCCUGAUUCGCCGCUUAUUCCGGCAAAAUUAAGGCGGACAUGGGGGGAUUACUGUCUAUUGAAGCAGAGGAAAACCGCAGGCGGUAAGGAAGAUACUGCUUGAAAAACAAUCGCAGUCGCGACAUAAAUGGGUGGUCAAGUUCCAUUAUAACACUGUUUACGUGUACCAUGAUCUAAUUUCCCUUGCUCUUCAUGUAAAAGAGAGACUUUACCAAGCUGUAUCAUACAUCUACCAACUUACUCAUAACAAAACUAUUCUCGGUACGCAUAUCAAAUGCCACAGCACCU